CUAGUGUUGGUAUACUAAAAAAGCGUAAAACGAAAAGCACGUGUUUUUGGUAAAAUCUUGUUACAAAAACGUAUUAAAAAUAUUUUAAAAUGGAAAAUUCGUCGGACAAUGUCAAAAUUGAGGCCAAGCCACCCUCGCCUAGUAGUGAGAAACCGAAAGAGUAUACAGUAGAGAAGGUAUUGGAUUGCCGUCUACAGAAUGACAAGGUUGAAUACUUGCUAAAGUGGAAGGAUUACCCCGAAAAUGAAAGUACUUGGGAGCCGGAGGAAAACUUAAAUUGCCAAGAAUUGAUACAAGAGUAUAAACUGAGCUGCAUAGAUAGGGAAAAUGCUGCAUCCAGUGGUGAGAGUUGUCCUGCACGCAAUUUCGUUGCUGAUACCCAAGGAGCGAGUACUUUAGUCGACGGGGCAAGUGGCAACAACAAAUCCUCUCUUCGCAAUGGCUUCGAUCGUGGCCUGGAAGUUGAAAACAUUUUGGGAAUUUAUUUCGAUCAGAGUAAACAGCGCAAACUCAUUAUUAAAUUCAAAGGUGUUACGAAGCCUGAAAUAAUCUCGUCAGAACUGGCCAAUCAGAAAAUACCACGAAUGGUUAUAGAAUUCUACGCGAAACGCCUCACCUAGAAUAAUCUGUAGUAAAAGAAUGGCAAUAUAUUAAGAUAUAUGUAUGUAAUUAAGAGAAUGGCGAGAUGAAGAAUGCAGUUUUAAUUAAGACUAGUUAGUUGCAUAUAGAAUUUUAACUACCCCGCUAACUUCAAUUCCAUUAUCUAAUAUGUUUAUUCCAAUAAAGUGUUGUUAACUGGUCAA